CAGGGUGGUUGCAAUGAAAUGGAAAACAAGAAUUGAUAAAACAAACCCACUGAUAAGUUGGAAAACUUCAACCCUUUCCAAUUAGGGAAGCCGGUUUUGGAAAUUGGAAACGUAUUUUCAUGAACGUUUGAAUGGAAAUUUCCCUAAAUAUGUGAUGUCAUUUCAUUCUUUUAAUUUGGACAAUCUCUGAAGUGAUUACGACAUCGGUGAUUCAGAUUAUGCGUUAUAAUAUCUGAAAAUGACAGCGUAUACUGGUAAUCUUUCCAUUGAGAAAUUUACGCCGAAUUUUCCUCAGUAUGUUGAAGUUGACUACAUACGUUUUGAAUAAUUGAAUUUUGCAGAAUGACUUACGAACCUGUGAAAUAUGUUAUUUUUGACAUGGAUGGUUUACUCCUUAACAGCGAACAUAUUUUUCGUGACGUUCUUCGGAAAAUUCUAACGCGAUAUGGGAAAUCGUAUGAUAAUGAAAUUACCCUGAAAACUCUGGGCAUGGUACCUCAAGAAUCAUAUGCAACUUUCAUCAAAGAAUACAAAUUGCCCACUACUUUGAGCCAGUUCUUCGAAGAAAUAAGGACAGAAUUAUUGCCUGCUUUACAAUACGCUGAAUUCCUACCAGGUGUGGAAAGGCUGGUAAAUCAUUUAAAAAGUAACAAUAUACCUAUAGCCAUCGCCACAAGUAGUGGAAAAGAGACAUACGAGGAGAAGAUUAAAAGACAUACUUCUUUUUUUGAUAAAUUUCACCAUAUCGUACUCGGAAGUAUUGAUCCUGACGUAAAAAAAGGUAAACCAGCUCCCGAUAUUUUCCUAGUUUGUGCUUCGAGAUUUCCUGGAAAUCCUGCUCCACGAGAGUGCUUGGUAUUCGAAGAUGCUCCGAAUGGUGUCCAAGCGGCAGUUUCGGCUGGCAUGCAAGUUGUCAUGGUACCAGAUUCGUUAGUACCGCUUGAAAAACGAAAGCUCGCUACCAAAGUGUUAAAUUCUCUUUUGGAAUUUAAACCAGAAGAAUUCGGUUUGCCUAAAUUUGAUUAAUUGUUCUGUUUUACUUCGAAACACCUGUGUUCCAAUUUGUCGAAUUUGUAUAUAAAUUUCACGUGUAUUUUUAAGCUGUACCAAAUUCCUAUUUGCAUUAAAUACACGAUACGUAAGUAUGGUUUUCGUCUUAA